AUGGCUAGCCUGCCGGGCCGUCCCUCGCUCCCCUCCCAGGCCGCUCCGCCGUCCGCUGCUGCUCCCGCCGCCGCCCCUGCGCGCGCCCACAGCACCCCCAAGGCCAAGCAGGCCCGCCAGAGCACCUCCAGCCUGCCUGCGCCGCCGCUCGACGACGUCCACGCUGCCUUUGUCGAGUUCCGCGCAAAGGAGGAGGACAAGUGUCUCUCGGUGCAAUGCAUAUACUGUCAGCAGGUGCGGGCCAAAAAUACCAGCCGCCAGCGCCAGCAUCUGCUCGAGUGCCCGACAUAUCUCAACGUCAUGAAGGACUCUAUCCCGGCAAACAACCUGCAGCACACUUUUCCCGAGGGAGACAUUGCUCGCUCUCUGCAGCUGCCCGCGCCCACGCUCGAGCUGGACUUCCGCAUGAGCAUCAAGCUGAAUCCCUCCGUCUCUCUGGGACACAGCAUCUGGGGCCAGCGGGACUGGGUCACCUUUGUCGGCGGGCAGUGGGCUGGCAGAUGGGGCAAGGGAGUCGUCCUGCCCGGCGGUCAGGACUCCCAGGUGGUGGUCAAGGAGCUGGCUACCAGCAUGAAGUCAUCUUACCUCCUGCAGACCUCCGACGAACCACCCGCUUUCAUCAUGGUCAAGGCAAAUGGCUGGAUGACCGGCGCCAAGGAAGUGCUAGAAAAGGUCGCCGAUCCCACCGUCGCCGACUCCAUCAACCCAAACACCUACAAGUACCGCGUCAACAUCUCCAUGGAAACAGGCGACGAGCGGUACGCCUUUGUCAACACCAUCAUGUGGGUUGGCAGCGGCUGUCGUCGUGGCUCGGAAGUAAUCCUCGAUGCAUUCCGCGUCAACUAG